AUGACUCUUCUCUGGAUAGCAGCCGCGUUUGUGCGCUGGAUUCGUCUGAAAAUCUAUCAGUAUGAGGUGACCUUCGCCGUAUACAUGCUUACCCCUACGGAAAAAUUCAUUUUCAAUUCCAUUAUUCUCACCCUUCUCUCCAUGAUCCUUACCGCGAUCUACGUCUACCUUCCCGAUCAUCUCCGCACAAUAUACGGCCACCUUUACUACUACUGGGUUGGCGAACGCCCGUUCGUUUCAAACGGCAUCGCAGCCAUCAGUACAGUCUUCCGUGACGGUGCCACGCAGACUCUAGAGCUGGUGUAUGAGACGGCACAGAAUACGGCCGCGACGGCAGCCACGGUUCCGGAGUUGUAA